GCGUUUCCUGGGAACACCAACUCGGACGGGGUGGUCCGGCACGACUUACAGCACGCGGUGGUCGCCCGCUACGUGCGGAUGGUACCUCUCGACUGGAACGGAGAGGGUCGCAUCGGGCUCCGAAUCGAAGUCUACGGCUGUUCUUACUGGGCCGAUGUUAUCAACUUUGAUGGCCAUGUGGUGUUACCAUACAGAUUCAGAAACAAAAAGAUGAAAACCCUGAAGGAUGUCAUUGCUUUGAAAUUUAAGACCUCGGAAAGUGAAGGGGUGCUCUUACAUGGAGAAGGACAGCAAGGGGAUUAUAUCACUCUGGAACUGAAAAAAGCCAAGCUAGUCUUCAGUUUAAACCUAGGAAGCAACCAGCUUGGUCCCAUUUACGGGCAUACGUCUGUGAUGACCGGAAGUCUGCUGGAUGAUCACCACUGGCACUCCGUGGUCAUCGAGCGCCAGGGAAGGAGCAUCAACCUCACCCUGGACAGGAGCAUGCAACACUUCCGCACCAAUGGGGAGUUCGACUACCUGGACUUGGACUAUGAGAUUACCUUCGGAGGCAUCCCUUUCUCUGGGAAGCCGAGUUCCAGCAGCAGGAAGAACUUCAAAGGUUGCAUGGAGAGUGUCAACUACAACGGCAUCAACAUCACUGACCUGGCAAGAAGGAAGAAGCUGGAGCCCUCCAACGUGGGAAAUCUGAGUUUCUCCUGUGUGGAACCCUACACAGUUCCUGUCUUUUUCAAUGCAACCAGCUACUUGGAAGUGCCAGGACGACUCAACCAGGACUUGUUUUCAGUGAGUUUCCAGUUCCGAACUUGGAAUCCCAAUGGGCUCCUGCUUUUCAGUCACUUUGCUGAGAACUUGGGCAAUGUGGAGAUCGACCUCACGGAAAGCAAAGUUGGUGUUCACAUUAACGUCACACAGAACAAGAUGAGCCAAACGGAUAUUUCGUCAGGUUCUGGGUUGAAUGAUGGACAGUGGCACGAGGUUCGAUUUCUAGCGAAGGAGAAUUUCGCUAUCCUCACCAUUGAUGGGGAUGAAGCUUCAGCAGUUCGGACAAACAGUCCUCUUCAAGUUAAAACUGGAGAAAAGUACUUUUUCGGAGGUGUCCCAAACCAGAUGAAUAACUCAAGUCACUCUGUCCUUCAGCCUUCAUUUCAAGGGUGCAUGCAGCUCAUUCAAGUGGAUGAUCAACUUGUAAACUUGUAUGAAGUGGCGCAAAGGAGGCCGGGAAGCUUUGCCAACGUCAGCAUUGACAUGUGUGCCAUCAUCGACAGAUGUGUGCCCAAUCACUGCGAGCAUGGCGGGAAGUGCUCACAAACAUGGGACAGCUUCAAAUGCACUUGUGAUGAGACGGGCUACAGCGGGUCCACCUGCCACAACUCUAUCUAUGAACCUUCCUGUGAAGCCUACAAACACCUUGGCCAGACAUCAAAUUACUACUGGAUAGAUCCUGAUGGCAGUGGACCACUGGGCCCUCUGAAAGUCUACUGCAACAUGACAGAGGACAAAGUGUGGACCAUCGUCUCUCACGACUUGCAGAUGCAGACGACGGUAGUGGGCUAUAACCCAGACAAGUACUCGGUGACCCAGCUGGUGUACAGCGCCUCCAUGGACCAGAUCAGUGCCAUCACCAGCAGCGCCGAGUACUGUGAGCAGUACAUCUCCUACUUCUGCAAGAUGUCCAGGUUGUUGAACACCCCAGACGGAAGCCCUUACACCUGGUGGGUUGGCAAAGCCAACGAGAAACAUUACUACUGGGGCGGUUCCGCACCCGGGAUUCAGAAGUGCGCCUGUGGCAUCGACCGUAACUGCACCGACCCCAAAUAUUACUGCAACUGUGACGCCGACUACAAGCAGUGGAGGAAAGAUGCUGGAUUCUUAUCCUACAAAGAUCACCUGCCUGUGAACCAGGUGGUUGUUGGAGACACUAAUCGCCAGGGAUCAGAAGCCAAACUGAGCGUGGGACCCCUGCGCUGCCAAGGAGACCGGAAUUAUUGGAAUGCGGCCUCUUUCCCUAACCCGUCAUCUUACCUGCACUUCUCUACCUUCCAAGGGGAAACCAGUGCUGAUAUUUCUUUUUACUUCAAAACACUGAUCCCCAGAGGAGUCUUUCUUGAAAAUCUGGGGAACACAGACUUCAUCAAAUUGGAGCUAAAAUCUGCCACAGAAGUGUCCUUCUCGUUCGAUGUGGGAAAUGGGCCUGUGGAGAUCGUGGUGAGGGCGCCCUCCCCUCUCAACGAUGACCAGUGGCACCGGGUUACCGCUGAGAGGAACGUCAAGCAGGCCAGCCUGCAGGUGGACCGACUGCCCCAGAAGGUGCGCAAGGCCCCGACGGAAGGUCACACGCGCCUGGAACUCUACAGCCAGCUCUUUGUGGGUGGCGCUGGCGGCCAGCAGGGCUUUCUGGGCUGCAUCCGCUCCCUGCGUAUGAAUGGGGUCACGCUGGACCUGGAGGAGAGGGCCAAGGUCACGUCCGGCUUCAAGUCCGGCUGCUCGGGUCACUGCACCAGCUACGGGGCCAACUGUGAGAAUGGAGGCAAAUGCAUCGAGAAAUACCACGGUUAUUCCUGCGACUGCUCCCACACGGCUUACGAUGGGACGUUUUGCAACAAAGAUGUGGGUGCCUACUUUGAGGAAGGCAUGUGGCUCCGGUACAACUUCCAGGCUCCAGGCGCCAGUGGGAAAGAAACAGGCACGAGGUCCGAGAACGGCCUGGAGGUGCCGGGCCCGUCCCCAGACCUGGCCCAGGAGGAGAUCAGCUUCAGCUUCAGUACCACCAAGGCCCCAUGCAUCCUGCUCUACGUCAGCUCCCUCACCACAGACUUCGUGGCCGUGCUCGUCAAACCCACCGGAAGCUUGCAGAUCCGAUACAACCUGGGAGGCACCAGAGAGCCGUACAAUAUCGACGUUGACCACAGGAAUAUGGCCAACGGGCAGCCUCACAGCGUCAACAUUACCCGUCAUGAGAGGACCAUCAUCUUCAAGCUGGACCAUUACCCCACUGUGACGUACCACCUGCCCAGCUCCUCUGACACCCUCUUCAACUCCCCCAAGUCGCUCUUCCUCGGGAAAGUGAUAGAAACGGGCAAGAUUGACCAGGAGAUUCACAAGUACAACACUCCAGGAUUCACCGGGUGCCUGUCCAGGGUGCAGUUCAACAACAUCGCUCCACUCAAGGCUGCCCUGCGGCCAACCAACGCCUCGGCUCUGGUGCAUAUCCAGGGUGAACUGGUGGAGUCCAACUGCGGGGCGUCCCCGCUCACCCUCUCCCCGAUGUCGUCUGCCACCGACCCCUGGCACUUGGAUCACCUGGACUCAGCCAGUGCUGAUUUCCCGUAUAACCCAGGACAAGGACAAGCCAUAAGAAAUGGCGUCAACAGGAACUCGGCCAUCAUCGGAGGCGUCAUUGCUGUGGUGAUCUUCACCAUCCUCUGCACCUUGGUCUUCCUCAUCCGAUACAUGUUCCGCCACAAGGGCACCUACCACACCAACGAAGCCAAGGGAGCAGAGUCGGCAGAGAGCGCAGACGCGGCUAUCAUGAACAACGACCCCAACUUCACAGAGACCAUUGACGAGAGCAAGAAGGAAUGGCUCAUCUGAGGGGGUCGUGUGGCUGUGAGGUCCGGGCAGGGGAGCGUGAGGGAGGUGGGAAGGGGCAGACGCACCCUGCUUUGUACACUCGAGCACAUCCGUGAACCGUCAGCACAAGCUAGGGGGAGGUCAGCGGCCGAAAGUUCUCGAGACUGCACACCACCAAAAAAAAAAAAAAAAAAAAAAAAAAAAAAGGACAAGAAAAAAAAAAGACUUUUUACUAUUUCUUUAUAGCUGAGUUUCCCCUUCUGUAUCAAAAGAAAAUAAUACAAAAACCGCUUUUAGAGUUUAAGCGAUGGUUGAAAUUUGUAGGUACUCUCUGUCUUAUUUUGUGCGUGUUUAGAGGUGUACUGAAAAACCCCAUGGCAAAGGGCAAGUUUUCUACAUUUUUAAGAGCCCUUAGGAUGUGGAUCGUUUUUGUUUUUGUUUUCCUUGGGAAAAGUGGAGCACAUACAUUAGGGCCUCCAAGCAUUUCCUUCCAUUUGCUUCAUGUCAAAUCUAAGCCGGCUACGUAGUUACACUAGCGUGUGUUCCCAUCAGGUUUCUUUUUGUGUCCUGUACAUUAGGAAGGGAAAGAAAGGGGCAAAGAGAACUUACGGCUUGCUAGUGUUCGGAGACCUCAAUCUAGGCCAGUUCCGAGAAUUCCAGCCUGCAACAGGAGAGACUGGGGUCAGGCAUCUCUUAUGAAGUAAUGUGAUCAGUACAAGAGAGAGAUGCUUUCGGGGUCGGAGGAGAAAUUUCCUAUUGGGACCGUUGGUUCUAUUUUCACCUAAUCUACAAGAGCCUGUCGUUCCAUGCAUGUAGUCUGAGAUCUAUUCGAUGUCUAAACUGUCAGCUCCAAGACCGUGGUGGCUAGCUGUUAACCUACCACGUGCUAGAUCACAGAACCUCCAUGGGAAGUUAGAGCCAGCGGUUAGGCUUUCUUUGCUCUGUUUUGUUUUGUUUUCUUUUUUUUUUUUAAAUAGUCCUAGCAAGAAAUGGACACUGUCUCGUGAAUGCAUCAAUUAGAUAAGCGCUUCUUCUUUUGCUUUGAAUCUCGAGCUGUGACAAAAUCCUAGCCGGGUCCUUGGACUGGAUGCCCGCAAACAAACGCCAAGUUGUCCUUGCUCUUCUUUCUGCUCUCACUCUGGAAUCAAAUGGAAAACACUGCCAUAUUUUAAGUCAUCUUCGCCAUGAAUCGUCCCAUCUGAAGUAGACACGCUGCCAUGAUUCAGGGAACUUCUAUGGCAGGCACAUUUGAACCUCAAACUCAUCACCAACCUGGUAACUGACUGUUGCAACUCAGAGAACAGACAUGUCUCAGUUGAAUCAGGAAACAUGAUCCAGCUUGAUCCAACAAAUAACUCAUUGGUUUGGUUUAAUGAAAAAGAUUUUGUGUAACUGCAUAGGACAAUGCUUCUAUUGGAGCAUUUUUUUCUUCCACUCCACACUGCCCCCCCCCCCGAAAAAGAACUUUAAUUUUCAAAAGACACAAAAGCUCCUUCUGGAAUGACUACUGUUUGUGAUCAUGGUGGUUUAGGCUCUUAGAUCUAAUAAGCACUUUUUUUUAAGAAAAAACUUUUAGAUUCCAACAUUUUGAGGAUGAAUAGGCCCACUUUUUUCUUCUUCUCCCGGAAGUGGGGGUAAGGUGAGGUUUAAAGGGUCCGGGUGUUAAUUUGCUAAUAACUGGCCUCAGUAAAAUUUCUAGUUUCUUAGAGCUAUCUAUACACACUUUUAAGAUAUUCAAUGGACCGAACUUAGUGGAGAAUCUCAAUUUCUUGAUCAAUGGAAAACAUUCCCCUCACUGCCAAGGGGGGAUUCCAGAAGCAUCUGACACCUUCUGAGAGAGAUGCUGGUUCUCUUUUCUCUCUCAAGUCAGGAUAAAGAAAGGAAAACCUAACUGUCAGGUUGCGAUCAGAGAGGUCUUGGUCAUUCUUCCGUAAAGUACAUGUGAAAGUAUUUAACAUGACUGAAUAUCAAAACAACAUACAAGUUACAGCCCGGAUGGUACAAACAAAGGCAGUUUAUUUAACCAAGAUGACUACCUUUACGGGUUCUUUGGUGUAUUAUAAGGAAAAGCUCAUUUUAAGCCUUCUCCGGGAUGUUUCUCUUUUUCAGAACCUGUCCUACAGGUUUGGUUCUUGGCUUUUGUUAUUGUUUUUGUUUCUUUUUUCUUCUCUUCAGUUUCCCCAAGAAUGCCAGGAGGGAGUUUAUUUCUCAUGUUUCCCACAUAAUCUUGGUUCUUCAUCACGCCUCAGUACUGUCCCUUUCUACCCCCCAAAGGAUUCAGGGAUUAAAGCAAUCAGAAACAUCCCCUGGUACUUACAGGUUCUCUUUCUCUUCCCUGCCAUCCAACGUUCAAAAGAAAAUCCAACACUUCUCUUGCCAAAUUUUCAAAUGAGGAGCAUGGGAAUAGCCCCAAAGAGAGGGUUGAAAAUCUCCACCCUUUCCAGGGCUACAGGCUGGCCCACACAUAGGAGACACCCAGAUGGGCAAAAUAUUAAGUAUUGAAGAAAAGUGCCCAAGUGAGUGCUAGAAAUCUUGACUUCUCUUUGGGAUUGGUGUCAUUCCCCCAAAUUCCAAGAUCUUUUUACGCAGACCCUCUUGUGGACCUUCUAAGUAUUUGGUGAAGUAUUUGUGUAGGUAUACAGAAAUGAAAGCAGGACCAAUGCAGCACUUACCUUAGAUGCCAAGCUCAACAUCAACUCUUGCUUCCCAAUCUUGACAUCUUAUUUCCCAAUACACUGUCAGUCAAAGCAAUGUUAGUGGUGACUGCUUUACAAGUCAAAAAGCAGAUCAGACAAGAGAUGAGUUAUGUGUCAAUUAGAGGCCUUUGUGGAGGAAGACCGUUGGCUUGAUUCGGGGAUUGGGUUGGAACUUUCUCUGUGUACAAUGGAGGCCCCUGUGUUUGGAGAAGCAGAGAGUGAGGACUUGGAAUGAAAGCAAAAUCGGCGUCAUCUAACCUCGCAAAAUGGCCUGGAGUCCCUAAAGCACCAGGGAGACAGCUAGGGAGGUAACACAGAUUCUGGGUGAGUCUUUGGCCCUCUUCGAGAGACUUCGUGUGAGUUUUGGUUGAAGAGAUAGCAAACAUGUGGGCUGCUUUGUUAGGAAACAUCCCUUUGCCUGGAGUCUGAUAGAGAAGAGCCUGUUAGGAGUAGGGGUGGGAAUUCAGAGGUGUGAAAGAAGUGAGAUGAGUGGAAGGGAAGCCCCACUGUGGUCUGCACAUCUAAUGAGCAGCCUCCAGACUGGGGGUGGUGGAGAUGUCACGAGAUACCAGCCACGGAAAGCAGAUGGAAACUACAGGCGGCUCCUGGGCACAUCGGUCUGUGGAGGUGCAAGAAGAAACUUCCAUUUCCUUCUGUCAUCACCUCUGCUUUUUCUCCAUCUGCGUGGACUCUUCCUUCUCUUUCUUAUGGUAUGAAGGUUCAAGUGGUCCCUGGACAUCCACUGCCUUUGAGCUGUUAGGACCCAAUUAUCUGCAUUUCUUUUCACCUUCCUCUUGAGCAAUUUUCAAAGCGAAAAGGCAGCAAUUAUCACAUCAAUUCCAGUUAGCAGCCCCCAAAGGGAUCCUAAUUGGUAGGGCCAGGAGAUCCUUAUCCUAAAGUAGAGAUGGUGGCUGUGAGCCUCAGUGAUGUGUGUUAAAACCCAACAGACACCAUUUACCCACUGAUGUUUGGGAGAAGGUAGACCCUGAAAUUCCGUGAGUAGCGUCAUCACAUGCCCCCCCCUUCCCUGAUUUACUCUGUGGCCUCUGUCCCUCUCUGCUGUAUUUUACCGGCUUCCUCUGACUAUGACAAGAAGACUCCAUCUUCUCGUCAGAUUGACUCCAUCUGCAGAAUCCCUUGAAAGUCAAUUUACAGGCCAAAGUCAGUGGAGCUCAUGGGAGACUGACUUGCAUUGCUAAGUCACCUCGGAUCAUAUCCAAGAAUGUGGGUGUGCUGAGACAACGUGGAGAGGGAGUUGACUUGUCCAGGUGGAACACUUCCCAGUCGGAGGUCAGAAAUCAGGAACUUCCUACACCUAAGACCCUCAGUUCCCAUUCAGCACUUGCAUGCGCCCAGUACAGUAGGAUUAGUGAGGAGAUGAGACAGAGAAGAAAGGUGACGUUUCCUCAUAGCCUGGAAGGCCCCGUGCCUACCCUGCAUGAUAAUGUCGGACACUUGAGGGUCCUUGCACUGCGGUGUUUCUGGGGUCCCAGGGGUAUGCCAAGUUCUGCUGGUCAGCCAAGGAAGCCAUGUUGAGAAGUGGGUCCUCUGUGGAGUAGAGGCAAGCAGGAGACCACGAGAUAGAGGUGCUGCUAACACACAACGACACACACAAGGUUGUUCUCAGAUGAAAAUGUACCUUGGAAGUGGUCUGGAUUGUUUUCCCAGUGGUGGUAUAGUCACAGUGAGUGGUGGGCACUGAGACAUGACGAAGGCAGGGAGAUUCCUCUGAAGUGGACUAAGGUGUGGAUCUAAGUGUUUUUGAUUCUGAGGGCUUUUGGGGGGGGUCAGGUUUUUCCAUUUCUUCAGUGAGCAUGGUGACUGCGGAGGGUCAGGGUUGUGAUGAGCUGGACUAAGUCCUCUUUCUGCAAAGUCAACUAGGGCUCCAUCCCUGUGAAGCAACACAAAAAUCUCACUCUAAAAGCAGCCGCAUGUAAACUAGAAUGAAAGAAGGAAAUUAUGUAUGUAUGCCUAAUAUUCUUUGUGAAUGUCUUUCAUUGAAUUCAAAUUAUAUUAGAGACCAGAUUGAUAAAUAAAAAAUCCAAACUAGUUUUAAUUAUCCUAAAAGCCA